AUGUCCAACGGGACGGACUACGACAUCAACGCCAUUGUGAACAAGCAGUUCGAGCUCGACUAUGACGCUUACAAUGAGCUCGGCAGGGUCAACAUCAGUACCUUCUUUGCGCUCUCUUACGGGCUCAGCUUCGCCACCAUCGCCGCCACCAUCUCGCACGUCGGCCUCUUCUACGGGAAGGAGAUCUACCAGCGGUUCAGAGUUUCGCGGCGUGAGGAUCCUGACAUCCACACGAAGCUGAUGAGGACGUACGAGGACAUACCGGCAUGGUGGUUCUACUCGCUGACGGUACUGUCGAUGGCAGUGGCCCUCAUCCUCUGCACCGUCCUCAUCGACCAGGUUCAGCUCCCAUGGUGGGGCCUCGUCUUCGCCUGUGGCAUGUCCUUCGUCUUCACCCUCCCCAUAAGCAUUAUCACGGCCACCACGAACCAGGCGCCUGGUCUGAAUGUCAUCUCGGAGUACGCCAUGGGGCUGAUAAGGCCCGGCUAUCCCAUCGCCAAUGUUUGCUUCAAGGUGUAUGGUUACAUGAGCAUGUCACAGGCCGUCGCCUUCCUCUCAGACUUCAAGCUUGGCCACUACAUGAAGAUACCCCCCAGAUCAAUGUUUGUUGUUCAGUUUGUCGGUACAAUUGUGGCCGGCACAAUCAACCUCAGCGUGGCAUGGUGGCUGCUGGGCUCCGUCGAGAACAUCUGCCAUAUCGAAAAGCUCUCGGCAAAUAGCCCAUGGACGUGCCCCAACGACCGGGUCUUCUUCGACGCGUCGGUCAUCUGGGGCCUUGUUGGUCCACGGCGCAUUUUCGGGCCGCUUGGCAACUACGCAGCCAUCAACUACUUCUUCCUCAUCGGCGCUGCGUCUCCGUUCGUCGUGUACAUCUUCCACAGGAUAUUCCCCGACCAGAAAUGGAUACUGCUGAUCAACCUGCCGGUGCUCAUCAACGCGACGGCCAGCAUGCCGCCGGCGACGGCCGUGAACUACAACUCUUGGCUGCUCGUCGGGACCAUCUUCAACUUCUUUGUGUUCCGCUACCGGAAGAGGUGGUGGCAGAGGUACAACUACAUCUUCUCCGCCGCGAUGGACGCAGGGGUCGCCUUCAUGGCGGUGCUGCUCUACUUCGCGCUCACCAUGCAGAACCGGAGCAUUGUUUGGUGGGGCACGGCCGGCGAGCACUGCCCUCUGGCCAUAUGCCCCACCGCUAAAGGGGUCGACCUGGGUCCGGAUAGUGUGUGCCCAGUGUUCUAA